ACAUGGAAAGUCGUUUCCUUCGUCCUGGUUGUAAAGGCUUGUACCAGCUCAAAACUUUGUCCACAUCUUGUUUUCUUCUCAUGUGAGCGCCUAUCUAACUAAUGUUUCAACGCCGUAAUGGAUCCUUUUGGAAAUUUGGUGGUCAUUAACAGGAGUGGAGCAGACGCAAGCGUUUUCCCUCUGAGUGGCACUGAAUGUCUGUUUGGCAGGCACGCGGAGUGUGAUAUACGCGUCCAGCUGCCUACCGUUUCCGAUGUUCAUGCCAAGCUGGUGAUCGACGAAAACAAACGAGUAUGGCUGAAGAAUAUGGACGAGAGCAAUCCAGCCACCAUCGAUGGCAUUGCCGUUACCUCCCAGGUUGGCUUGAAGGGUGGAGAGAUACUUGGAAUCGGGUUGCGAAGAUUCCGUUACGAGAUUCCUGGGGCGAAGUCACCAAUCGGGGCGACAAGUUCUCCUAGAAUUGCUCGCAAUAUGACUCCAUCCAGGAGCGCCCUGCGGCGGUCGGCUGUCUCCAAUAAGCGACGAAGUGUUGUAUUUGCCGCGCCGCUCAGUCCUGAGUUGAUUGACAAGGCCUUACCUCCGAAUACGCCUGUCAGGCUAGGCAAGACACCCGAGGGCCGGCGGCGUAGCACACCCGCGGUGCUUGAUUCGGCCACGCACGCUAGCACAAGCCGCAGAUCAAUGUCGGCAAUGCCGAUGAUGAGUCUGCAAGACGUAGCUGAGCAGACUGAGUCCAGUGAUAGCGAUUCUGGAACCAGCCGCCGAUCGCCUGCUCGAGCAACACCAGUUUGCGGUGACCUGAUCGCCGAUGCUCCUGUGAUAUCCGGGCCCAGGAAAGGCCUGGCAACGCCUGUUCGGUCUGAAAUCAGUGCCGGCAAGCCCCUGAAGAGCACUAAGCCACCAAAGGCCCUGAACACGCCUGUCCGCGAUGAUAUCAAAGCAGGCAGGUCUCUGAAAUCAACGAAGCCAGUGGCUGCUCUUAAGACUCCUGUCCGUGCUGAGAUCAAAGCUGGGACUAAGCUCAAGUCCACCAGGCCCCGCAAGGCAUUGACUACACCCGUCCGCGAUGAUAUCAAAGCAGGCAGGUCUCUAAAAUCAACGAAACCAGUGGCUGCUCUGAAGACUCCUGUCCGUGCUGAGAUCAAAGCUGGGACUAAGCUCAAGUCCACCAGGCCCCGCAAGGCAUUGACUACACCCGUCCGCGAUGAUAUCAAAGCAGGCAGGUCUCUAAAAUCAACGAAACCAGUGGCUGCUCUGAAGACUCCUGUCCGUGCUGAGAUCAAAGCUGGGAGAACGCUCAAGUCCACCAAGCCUCGCAAAGCAUUGACUACACCAGUCCGGGAUGAUAUCAAGAUUGGCAGGUCCCUAAAAUCAACCAAGCCGAGGGCAGCUCUCAAGACGCCCAUCCGUGCUGAAAUCAAGGCCGGCAGGUCUCUGAAGAGUACAAAACCACGCAAGGCUUUGACCACGCCUGUCCGGGAGGCUAUCAAAGCAGGACGAUCGCUGAAGUCCACCAAACCAUCACCAGCUCUCAAAACGCCUGUUCGCGCUGAAAUUAGAGCCGGCCGGAGGCUUAAAAGCACUAAGCCACCAAAGGCACUGUCGACUCCCGUCCGCAAUGACAUCAAGACUGGAAGAGCUCUGAAGAGUAUUGCACCUCCAAAGGCUCUCAAUUCACCUAUCCGUGCUGCUAUCCAAUCUGGCCAGUCGCUGAAGAGCACCAUGCCUCCAAGGGCCCUCAACACGCCUACCCGCUCUGCUAUCCGAGCAGGGAAGACGCUGAAGAGCACCAAGCCCCCAAAGGCACUAAACACGCCAAUCCGUGAAGCCAUCCGGGCCAGGCCGCCACUGCGAAAUACCGCACCGCCCAAGGCCUUGCCAACCCCGGCUCGAAUGGCCAUCAGGCGUGGCAGGACCCUGAAGAGCACCAAGCCAUCGGCAUCACUCUCUACGCCUGUGCGUUCUCAAAUCAGAGCUGGCAGGACCCUGAAAAGCACCAAGCCAUCGGCAUCACUCUCUACUCCUGUGCGUUCUCAAAUCAGAGCAGGCGUUCUCCUGAAGAGGGCACGCCCACUCAAGUCGCUGUCCACCCCGAUCAAGUCACAGAUCAAGGCUGGUGUUUCGCUACAGUCUACGAAGCCACCAAAGGUCCUUUCCACACCUUUGAAGUCACAGAUCAAGGCUGGAGCCUCGCUGAAGACUACCAAGCCACCCAGGGUGCUCUCUUCCCCACUGCGCAACGGGAUUCUUGAGGGUGGUAGCCUCCGCAGCACGGCACCUCCAAAGGCACUCAAUACUCCUGUCCGGGAUUCCAUCCGAUCUGGAAGGUCUCUCAAGAGUACUAAGCCACCCAAGGUUCUCCCAACACCUGCAAAGGCAGCUAUUCGAGCUGGCUCCAGAUUACGUACUACCAAACCUGCUGCCGCCUUGAAGACCCCAGUACGUGCAGAAAUCCGGGCUGGCAAGAAAUUGCGCAACACCAAGCCACAGCUGCCACUCAAAACGCCGGUCCGCACUGCCAUCAGAGCUGGGAAAAAGUUGAAGUCCACCAAGCCUCCUGUUGGUUUGCCAUCACCCGUGCGCAAUUCUAUCCGGGCUGGCACGGAACUCAAGAGUACAAAGCCACGUGCUGCGCUCACUACUCCAGUCCGUGCUGCCAUUCGCAAGGGUACCAGUCUCCGACGUACCGCACCAGAGCCUGCGCUUCCAACACCAGUCCGUGACUCCAUCAGGUCGCGUCCAGCUCUGAAGUCGACGAAGCCCCCUGCUGCCAUUGCUACUCCGGUGCGCAGAGCCAUCCAGGCUGGCGUUUCUCUCAAACCUGUAACAGUGACUGUAGGCACAAGUCUCAGUAGUGUUGCACAAUCACCUGUGCCUGCUACCAAACCGGCCAAGGCACGCAGCACUAAGUCUUCACGCCGUGGCAAGAAAGUAGUUGCCUCUCCAUCUGCUCGCAAAAUGCCCGCUACCUCUCAGAAGGAUGCCACUCCUGUCGCAUCACCAGUCAAGGCUGCACGUGGUCGUAGAGCUGCUGCGGCACCAACCGAGUCACCUGCUAAGCCGACCCGUGGUCGUAAAGUCGCAGUAGUGGUACCUGCCGAGUCACCUGCUAAGCCGACCCACGCUCGUACAACUGCUGCAGCACCUGCCAAGUCACCUGCUAAGCCAACCCGCGGUCGUAGAGCAGCAGUUGCCAAGUCACCUGCUAAGCCGACCCGUGGUCGUAAAGUCGCAGCAGUGGUACCUGCAGAGUCUCCUGCUAAGCCGACCCGCGGUCGUAGAACUGCUGCGGCAUCUGCCAAGUCACCUGCUAAGCCGACCCGCGGUCGUAGAGCAACAGCUGCCAAGUCACCUGCUAAGCCGACCCGUGGCCGUAAAGUCGCAGUAGUGGCACCUGCAGAGUCACCUGCUAAGCCAGCCCGUGGUCGUAGAACUGCUGCGGCACCUGCCGAGUCACCUGCUAAGCCGACCCGCGGUCGUAGAGUUGCGGUUGUAGUUGCACCUGCCAAGUCCCCUGCUAAGCCAACCCGUGGUCGUAGAGCGGCAGCGGCACCUGCCGAGUCACCUGCUAAACCAACCCGUGGCCGUAGAGCGGCAGUGACUCCUGCCAAGUCACCUGCUAAGCCGACCCGUGGCCGUAGAGCGGCAGCGGCAUCUGCCGAGUCACCUGCUAAGCCGACCCGUGGCCGUAGAAAUGCUGCAGCACCUGCCGAAUCACCUGCUAAGCCAGCCCGUGGCCGUAGAGUUGCUGCGGCACCUGCCAAGUCGCCUGCUAAGCCCACCCGCGGCCGUCGAGCGGCAGCGACACCUGCCGAGUCUCCUGCUAAGCCAACCCGCGGUCGUAGAGCUGCAGCUGCUGCCAAGGUCGCCUCGCCAGCCAAGGCGUCUCGUAUGACUGCCAAGCCAGCAACUGCAGCGAGAACUCGAGCUCGUCGAACGUAAACAUCUGAAUUGGCCAACUUGCUGUGACCUUAACGAAAACGAUAAUGUUCCCAAUUCCUAUAUAAACAUAUUCUUGGACUGAAACGUUUACUUUCAUUCAGGUUAGUUGCUUGUCAAUAUUUCACUCAUGAUUUGGUGUAGGCAUCUGUCAUGAAAAUCGCAUAAUACACAUGUUAUCUCCGGUAUGAUUAUAAUCUAUCUAGAUAGUCUUCUUAGGCUUUAGGGUAAAUGUAUACGUUCUAUUGGGCGUGCGUAUUUCCACUGUUCGACUUUGCACUCUUCUCCCUCCAUUUUUCUGUGGUGUGAUCGUAUUGCAUCACCUGUGUAGAUUCAUUAUCCCUAUCCCAGUUGUCUACUCGUCUUUGUAUUUCAGCAGGCCCUCUUCCUGCGGCAAUUGUUCUAGGUCAUCGGUUCUUAUAUGGUUAGAAUACCGCUUUGUCUUUGUGCGCCUAACAAAUUAUUUUGUAUGCAGUUGAUUUAUAUGCAGUGAUCAAGAGCUCUCCCUCUUCUCUCUUUUUUUUUUUUGCUUUUCGUUGCAUCCAUAACUCCUAACGUUAUUUGUGAUGGCUGAGUCUGUGAGGUGAAUCUACUGGCCUUGAUCAAAAUUAAUCAUACUUUGCUCUGUACAUUGUAACAUCAAAUUCAACGGCAUAACGCCGGCUUGCAAAACGAAUACUGUCAAAGUAGUUCUUUCACUGUUCGUGUGAUACCGAGA